AUGACGACCAGCUACAUUGAGAUGUACUAUCUCAGGUUGCAGGACCGGUGGUUUUGGCGUCUGAGGAACAACAAGGUGCAGGAGGGUUACCCCAUGCAGAUCGAUCAGUUCUGGAAGGGCCUGCCACCUCGCAUCGACGCUGCCUACGAGAGAUCUGAUGGCAAAUUUGUCUUCUUCAAAGGUGAUAAGUACUGGGUGUUUAAGGAAGUCACGGCUGAGCCGGGUUACCCUCACAGCCUGGUGGAGCUGGGCAGCUCCCUCCCCAAAGAUGGCAUCGACACGGCGCUGCGCUGGGAGCCGGUUGGAAAAACCUACUUCUUCAAAGGGGACCAGUACUGGCGUUACAACGAGGAGAAGCACACGGCGGACCCAGGAUACCCCAAACCCAUCACUGUGUGGAAGGGCAUACCAGAUGCACCGCAGGGGGCUUUCAUCAGCAGGGAGGGAUACUACACAUACUUUUACAAGGGGAAGGAGUACUGGAAGUUCGACAACCAGAAGCUGACGGUGGAACCCGGAUACCCCAAGUCCAUCUUGCGUGACUGGAUGGGCUGCGAGCAGUCUGACAUGGAGCGCUCCGGCAGCAAGGGUAACCGCGGAGACCGCCAGCUGCCCCUUGACGAUGUGGACAUCAUGGUGACCAUCAACGAUGUCCCCACGACUGUCAACGCCAUCGCUGUGGUGAUCCCCUGCAUUCUGUCGCUGUGCAUCCUGGUGCUGGUGUACACAAUCUUUCAGUUUAAAAACAAAGGAGUGCAGCAGAACACCGUUGGGCAGCACUUCUACAAAUACCCUGUUCAGGAGUGGGUAUGACAGGCAACUUUCCUUUGAAUAGGUCAAAGUUGACGGAUUGAUGGGGGUCAAGCAGUCGUCAUAUUGUUAGCUGGCUUAUGUUGGCUAAUGGCCAAUGACGCUAGCUAAAAACAAUGGAAAGUUAAUGCCGAAUGAUGCUAAUUGCGCUAGCUAGAGAUGUAAAUCGGCGCACCCUGAAAUGCUCUGCGGGAGUAGAUUUAGACGUUGUCUCAGAGUGAGUGUGUGUGUGUGUGAGAGAGAGAGAGAGAUUUGUGCCUGUCUUGUGACACAAGCGCUUCAGUGUAAAACAGGAAGGACACUUAUUUUGUCUUUUCCCGUUCCUCACCGGGCAAGGAAACUUUAAACAAACAUGGCUAAGGACAGCGAGAACAGGUCUGCAAAGACUCCAGGAGGAUCUGAUUGGCUGGAUACUGAUAAACAGCAGAUGUUUUUAUUUGCACACAACUUCUCUGGCUAUAUGAAAAAGUGUCUUAUGAGCGACACUGAACUUUGGAUAUUUCUUCUGGGACCUACAUCACGAUUCUUCUUCUCAGUGAAAAUAAAAAAAUAAAGGAUUUGGGGCAGAAUGAAAAAUGCUCCUUAAAGCCAGACACCACCUCCAAGUUUGUUAUAACAACAGCGUGAACUACUUCGACUAUUAAGUCUGAUGAAAUUUAAUGAAAAAAAAAAAGGUUUAAAAAUAUUAAACUUGAAGAUAAAAUUUAGGUAGAAAGGCCAUAAUAAAAAGAAAACCAAGGAUCUCUCUGUGGAUCACUGAAUUUAGUUUAAUUUAUUUUCAGUUGUAUGGAGAUGUAAAACUGUUAAAGAGGACCUUUUUCUCUCUUUUUUCACCAGACACAUUAAAAUGCAUCUUCACCACCAUUAGCUCAGACCUUUUUCGACUUAAAACUCCAUCAGCUGAUAAAACAAAAGAAAUUCUUUAUCUUGAACCGAUGGGUUUUGGGAGAUGUAGAAUAGCAAGUCGUCAGCAUAUAAUGACAGAAUAGAUAAAUGACAAGUUCAACAGCCUUAUCUUUGUCUUAACAGGCCUAACACUUUUGUUCAUAUUUUACAAGUUGCACACAACCAGGGCCCAUAUUUAUCAAACUGCUAAGAGUGAAAUUGUGGACUUAAGUGAAAGAUGAAAGUAUGAAAAAAAAGCUGCUUAUCAAAAUUAUUACAACUUCAACUUGCUCUCAAAUUUAAGGGCUCUGCAGAGGUGUUUACGAGUGACUCCUAGAUGAUGAUUAAUACGUUCACUGAAGUGCGUUUCAGCCCACUGUUUGCAUUUUGUUUGAACAUUUAAUCAGAUGUUUUUCUACUUUCCUUUUCUAGCAUAUGGCAGUGGUGCAAAAAGUAAUUUCCUUUUAAGCCAAUUUACUUUUAAUUAAUCCGUAUUUAUAUAUUAUAAAUAUAUCAAACUGAAUUUUAUGUUAAUUGCUACUUGAGAUAUGAACAGCAGAGUCAUUUUAUUCUUGCUGUUUUUAAAUGUUACUCUUUCACUUUGCCAUUAAGUAGGAGUAAGUUGCUUCAUAAAUGUGUCUCACGCUCCGGAAAGAGCAAUUCUUAAGUGUAAUUCUUAACAUUUUGAUAACUAUGGGCCCUGAGCUUAACUAGUUAGCUUAGUUUGUUCCUUGAGUCCGUCUUUAUCCUCAUCUUUGUAUUUUUCUCUUUCUACGCUGUAGUGUGGAGGCUCCUGAAGAUGUGAAAGAAUUAGAGAAGUCCGAAAAGGGAGGAAAUAGGGAGAGAAAGUAAAUUGACUGGGAGGUCGAAUAAAGCAGGGUUUGAAUAGACAGAGGAGGAAGGAGGGAUGCACACAGGAUAUAUGUGGGUCUGUAUUAGUAUGCUGGCUGUGGCUCGGCAACAUCGACAGAGCUUAAAGAAGUACUUCUGUUCACAAAGCUCUAAUAGGGGCUACUCGCCCACCACAUCCCCUCGCUUUAAUCCUGCUGUCCUCCCUCUGUCUUUUCUCACUGUCCUCUUGUAAUUCUUCCCGUCCAUCUGGCCUCUCCUCUCUCAGUCCAUUUGCUCUCUCCGUCUAUUUAAUCUUUCCCCCUCUCCUCUGGCCAUCUGUGCUGCUCUCACUCGCUACUUACCUUGCCUGUCUUUACGUCAUUUUACCAAUACACAUAUAUCUGUAUCCAGUCCGCUUAACACCCCAGGUUGCUUGUUCACAUUCAGUCCAUUCAGUCCGUUCAGUCAGGCUGCUUUCAUGAUGACUUAAUAUUUAUUGUUAAAACUAAGGGGCUUGUAAUUUGCCUCCAGUGUUGUCAAACGUGCCAACAUUUCUUAUUGUCUUUGGCUCUAAAUGGUCGACUUUUACUCAAAAGAGGGGUUUGUCGACACAGGCAAGGCAAUUUUAUUAGUCUGGCACCGUUCAACCAGACAAUUCAAAGUGCUUUGCAUAAGAUAAAAAAGUAAAAUAAAACAGAAGAUAAAAAUAAGCUAACAGACAAUAAAACAUAUAAUGAGAGAAUAAAAAUUACAGUGCUUUGCUGUUAAUAUGUAGUCCUAAGUUUAAUUUAAUAAAAACAUCCCUGGUUUUAAAGAAGAGUUGGCGAAUAUGAGAAGUCAAGUUUUAAGGCAGUUCAUUUCAGAUAUGUGGAGCAUAAAAACUGAAAGCUGCUCCUCCAUGUUUAGUUUGGACUCUGGGGACAGAAAACAGACCCGAUCCAAAACAUCUGACAGGUCUGGACAGUUCAGAACAUAGCAGUAGAUCAAAAAUGUAUUUUGGCCCUAAACCAUUCAGUGCUUUAUAAACCAACUGCAGUAUUUUAAAGUCAAUUCUGAACUGGGGUGAUGUGGUCUCUCCUGGUCUUAGUGAGUGAAUCUGCUGCAGAUGUCUGAUCUUUUUAGAGAGACCUGUAGACUACUUAAGCUUGGGGCACGCUUUUCUAAAUCCCACUGAGCCAUAAAGUAUUCUAACUCUUGCUUUAUUAUUAAGAAUCUGACAGUGGGCUGAUCUUGGCUCAGAAAACAGUUUGCUUAUCUGGAGAAGUUUGGCACAUCCAAUCGAUGAUUUGUUCAGUGCACUUAAUCAGUGCUUGUAUGGGACAUAGUCGGUGAUCUCAUUACAUAAAUCUGUGCUGUCUCCAUAAUUAUGGUAAGAUAUUGUUUUGUUUCCAGUAAUCUGUGCUAGUGGGAGCAUGUAGAUGUUGAACAGAGGCCCCAGAAUGGAGCUUUGGGGAACCCCACAUAAUUUUUGUACACUCAGAUAUGAAAUUACUAAUCAACCUAAAGAAGUCCCUGUCCUUCAAACAGGAUUUAAACCAGUUGAGCACUGUGCUAGAAGUUCCAACCCUAGUUUGUCUAGUAAAAUUUCUAGGCUGUAAACACCUUGUGUUACUUUACUCAUUUAUAUGUUGUAUAGAUUUCUAUGGCAUAAUGUUAAGUUAUUUGCACCAAUUUUAGGAUUUAUCAACUUGCAAAAGGGGGCUGUGAUUAGGACUAUGGUCACAAUUCCAAUCUCAGAAAGACAUUAAGAUUUGAUAGAAUAGAUCGAACACUCCUAAAUUGUUUUAAUUUUUCCUUUCUCAAGGCUUCUGGCCCAUUUGUAUUUUCUGUGAAGCUUGAAUAUUAUAAAUAGCUGUCAUUUUGCGAUGUUAACAAGUAACACGAUUUAUGCAAUUGACCAUGCGGGGGGGUGCACAUACGGACAGUUAGAUUUGAGACAUCUUGUGCGACACUCAAAUCUUCAGCAUUCCUUCUCAAACAGCAGCACUGGAGUUCUAACUUAGCAUGCUUUAUUUGAAUUCACAAGCUGCUCAUUUAAAUGUCAUUAACUCCAAUAUGACUCAUAAUGGUUCAUUCAGAGGCCAGUCAGCUCUCCAGAGGCGGUUUGGAGUCCCCCACCCAUGACCUCCUACCGCAGGCUAGAAAUCACUGUUGUAGGGCGAGUUGGGACAUCUUAACUGAGUCACUGUUUAUCUCACUGUCUGUAUAACUCUGCUGAUUUUCAGUUAAAGAUUUAAAUGCCUCUCUUUUAGUUGAGAAGAGAUUUAGAAAUGUAUUUUAAAACAACCUCCUUGUUUUUAUCAUGUUCCUGAAAACUUGUAAAGAGUUUUUCUCAAUAUUAUCCACACACAAAUGCACACAAAUAAUGCAGUAGGGUGCAGCGUGUCUCUCCACAUGACUUUCAAGGCUACUUUAUACUCUGUACAUCUCUCCCUCUGUCUCCCUUGUUCUUGUUCUCAUUCGCUCAGCUUUGUACCUUAUUCACCGAGCUCUCAGUCCUGCAGUAAUUGAAUGUGUUCUCAUCGCAAUUCCUUGCUGCUGUCAAGAGCAAUUCAGCACAUGCAGCAUUCAGCACAAAUCGAUGUCGUUCAAUAUCCCACAGCGCUAUUUGACUCGGUGGGGAAAAAAACGCAUAUUUGUUCCUUGAGGGUUUACAAUAAACACAGAACAAGACAUUCUGCUCCUUUUACCUUUAAGCCUAUAUACAGCAUACAGAAUCUGUCUGCUGGGAGUUUGUGGAAACAUGAAUGUCUCUCCAAAGAAAAUUACCUAUUGGACCAAGCUUGUCUUUCGCUUUGUUUUCUCAGCUUGAGUGUGAUGAUCUGGACAGAUGAACUUGAUUGAUGGAGAAAAAAAAAAGUUGCAUUCCAAAAGAAGAUAUCGAUCAUUUGGAUGAAAUUAAGGCUCACAUACAUGAAUUAAUCGUCUAAUUAUUUUCUAUAUUAAUCAGUUUUAUAUGAAAUAUCAUAGAAUAGUGAUUGGUGGGCCCAAAGUGACAUCUUCAAACAGUCCAAAACUCCAAAGAUAAUCAGUUUAUGAUCAGAUCAGACAAAAAAGUGGCAGCAAAUAACCACAUUUGAGAGGUUUGCGUAUUUACUUGAAAAAAUCAUUUAAAAUUUAGAUAGACUAAUUUUAGAUAGUCACAUACUUAAUAUGUAUACAGCAUGUUUACAAAAUGGGAAUAUGGUGGAAAAAAAAUCUAAUAAUUUGAUUGAAUUUCAUAAUUGACGCUGAAUAUAUUACUGUGUAAGUUGCACCAAAGUAAUUUUUUGUAUUAUUAAUUAAUAAUUGAUGAACUGCUGCUUUCACAAAGGAUGUCGGUCACUUUGGAAUGAAACCCUUCAAUGGUGAUGAACAAUUGAUCAGAGUUACAAAACACUGAAGAUGUGGCUCAUGAUAUCACCAGAUUAUUAGACGAUGAGAUUGUGUAAAUCGACAAGAAAUGGAAAUUAGCUUGUACGUUUACAUGCAGCAAAACUAGCAUUCAUGUGGAGUCAUUAGGAUUAUGAGUUCUGUAGCCAUGAGUAGUUUAGAAAGGCUCCAUUUUGGGACUGUUUAUCGCGAUACCACUGUGUUAUGUUUAAAUUCUUUGAUUGUCUUCCUGAAUAUUCUGGGGGGGAAAACACUCUACAGGUCAAGCUAACAACUUUAUCAGUUAAUUUAUUUCUUGGCUGAACCUUUUACUAAACCACUUCAGGUUUUCUGCUUUUGUGCACUUCUUAGACAAGACAGGCUAAAAGGGGGUAGAUACGGGAUCCGUGUACUUGGCUGAGGUGGUCAUCAGAUGUGCUCUGCUUGACGCUAGUGCUCUUUGUAGAGUUGUGAAGCGUUGCAGGUUUGUCAUUAGCUCAGUGUUUCGUUACUCUGUGAUUUAACAUGAGAGAUGAUGGGAAGGUGAGUUGUUCUCUUGGUGUGUUCUCCCUGAGGGGGUUGGAACAUUUUAUCAAGCUAACAAGGGGUCUCCAUCCCACUUCAACACAAAUCUCCCAGUUCAUUCCACGCGCUCAUUGUUGUUCUUGGUGCUCAUUCUUAAUGUAAAUGUCAGAAGUGUAGUUGUUGUCUGAAAAUAACUUGCAUACAGGAUUACUUACUUCAGCGUUGCUAUCAGGUACUUACUGUAGGGUUUACAGUAGCAGAUGUGCAGGCAGAUUAAACCGCCAUUCAUCUCUUUAUACGUUGCAAGCCACUGAGUCGCUGCACUGAUGCAAUCGGGGAUUAAGUGCCUUGCUCCACGGCACAUCAGCAGGGAGAGAAGAGCACCUCUCGUGCAGUUCAUCGUGCUGAUUUCUACAGCGAUUUCCAGGACGUUAAAGCCAGCAACUUUGUGGUUGGUUGCUUGAACCCUAACCCUCCUGCCGCCCCCCGAUGUUGCUUUGACGACGAAUGACUCCUGUUCUCACAUCAUCCUCACCCAGUAACAGUGAUUAUAUGUAAAGGACACGUUGUGGAGAUUUUACCAGUUAAGCAGUGAGUUCAACUUAGCGUGAUGAGUGGCCUGCAGUACUUAAUGAAAUGUAAUUUGUUGAAUUUUAAUAGGGUGGGUGGUGGGCAGGUAAAACAUUCUUUUCCAUCAUGUUUUGCCUGUGGAGAAAAAAUCUUUACUCUGAUACGUUUCACUCGUAGACAGAGACACCACCCUCUGGGAGAAAAGUCUGUGUAUAUAUUUACUGAGAUUUACAGAAUAGCAGUUUACAAUAGUACAGUGUAUUUCAGCAGAUGUCUGUUUUUGGAAAUGGAAGAAGGGUACUUGAAAACAUACUGUAGUGAUUUAUUGUUGUUUAUUCAUAUUACUUAUGGAACACACAUAAAGACAAAAUAUAUGUACAUGAGAUUUUUUAUCUAUGUGGUGGACACUGUCUGUCCUCCUUCUCUUCUGUUGGAAACUUAUUUAUUCAAACUAUGUUCUAUACUUGUCACAGAGGGCAAAGGGUCCUCUGAAAAUUUGCCUCUUUUUAUGGUUAUUGUGUGCAGACCUGGGACAAACUGGCACUGAUUGUACUUCAUCUACACUGGUGUUGUUGGAUUUGUCUGCCUUGGAGUCCACACCUGCCACUACUCAGUCCUUGUCUUUCUUAGGGUCACUUUCCUCCUCUCUGGCCAUGUCACACCACGUACUGUGCAUCCAUCACGUAAGCAUUACUCUCAAUUCAAAUGAGGAAGGAUGACACUUGGUAGCCACCGUGGCAGGCAGAUAGGUUCAGAGAAAAACUGUCUCUAAGAGCCUGGUGGUGUCUUCACCUCGGGGUCAUUUUGUCCCAGGUCUUGUGAUGUUCUGGUGGCUGUGGACAACAGUGAGUUGCCUUUAAAGGUAGACUUAGUUAUCUGAUAUCGCCCACUCCCAAACAAGGGUGACACUUGCCAACCAUGGUACAUCUGCAUUACAGUAAAUUCAGAAAACUUUCAAUCACUGAGAAGCAACAUAACAAUGCAGAUUUGUUGUGUAUUUGUUAUACAAACGUGUGGAAGGCAGAGUUGCUGUGGACAUAGAACAGAUCUUGGAAAAGCUUUAUUUUAACUGGUAUGUAACUGUAAAAAAAAAAACCUAAAAACUAUUAAUUGGUAGCACAACCUUCUUUUUUGCAAGCAUAUAAUUCAACAUAUUUGGACAAUUACGAUAAUAAAUAAAUAUUUAUAUAUAUUUCAAGAAA